GCGAAUUUGGAGACUUGGGAAAAGGAAGCGAAAAAAAAAAAAGAUAUGGAGAUUGGUCAACAACAACAAUCAGGUAGUCAAGAUAUUCAACAGGGUUCAGUUGCUGAUGAUUAUUCCGACAUUACCCUAAGGUUGCUUGAUUUGUCCGACGUCGACGACUUCAUGGAAUGGUUUACCGAUGAAAAGGUGGCUAAGUUUUGCUCGUGGGAUUGUUUCCCUUCCAGGGAGGCAGCCAUCAGCUAUGUAGCUAAAAAUCUGAUCCCUCGUCCAUGGAAUAGAGCCAUUUGCCUGAAGGGCAAGCCGAUUGGGUACAUUUCUGUCUCGCCAUGCCGGGGAAAUGAUCGUUGCCGGGCCGAAAUUGGAUACGUGUUGGGAUCCAAAUAUUGGGGCAAAGGGAUUACGACCAAGGCUGUGAAAAUGGUGACUUCCUCUGUGUUUCUGGAGUGGCCUCAUCUGGAGAGGCUGGAAGCUGUGGUGGAUGUGGAGAAUAUUGGGUCGCAGAGGGUGUUAGAAAAGGCCGGUUUUACUCGUGAAGGUGUUCUUAGGAAGUAUUAUCUUCUUAAAGGAAAAGUACCAAGAGACAUGGUUAUGUUCAGCAUUCUUUCAACUGAUCCUCAGGUGAACUACUUCAUUUGCGAUUGAGAAAUCUUCAGGGAACAAGAAAAACAAAGAUAGGAUUUAUGUUCUAGAGUAGUGAUGCAAUCUGUUGAAGAUUGAAUGAUGGCACAAAUGUAUCACUUGAUGCUCUAGAUUGUGAAAAUUGUGCUGCUUUGUAGUUUUGUGUUCGCUUUAAUGUUUAGUUUCUUUUUGGUGUGU